UCAAAAAAUCUCAAGUGCUUUUGUCAAUGAUUAUCGCGGUGCCUCAUUAGUUGAAGGACUCCGAUGUUGGCGGAUUUGUGUGUUAUCCAGGUCUAUGUCCUGUGCCACUUUCCCUCCUGUUACACCUAAUGUGAAGAAACUCUUUGCCGAUGAUUACAGGACUUGGUGGUCGAAAACACAUGGAAAUUUUCUUGAUGACUAUUUCCAAUAUUUGGUGGAUGCAGCUGGGCCAAUCUCUAACGCGCUUUUAGAGGGUACACAUCAAGGAUGCACCAUUGCAGCCCCAAAGGCUGAUGAUUCUUUCCUUCCGGAGGUCAUAUUGACCGAGAAAUGCAAAGGCAAGGGGUCUCAGUUACUCAUAAAAGCUCCAACAGAAUGUUUGGAUGAUCAAGGCCACCAAGGUGGCAGAAGCUCAUUUCUGCUGAGUAAGGCUGCUCAAGCUUCUAACAAGAGAUCAUCUCGAGGCGAGAGUGAUAGCAGUUAUGAAGAUCGUUGUUGGAGGAAAGUGAGGUCACGUUCAGAAAAAUUGGAAGAUACCAAUUUGGCAGUGGUCAAGAUUCCUGACAGCGUUGAUAGUCCUUCGAGGACCGUGACAACUCUUAUUAGAAAGCCAAAUAGUGUUGGAGCAUUACGACGGGGAAAGUCAACGGAGAGCGGUGAGUCUGUUUCUGGUCCGGACCUAAUAAAAUCCUCUUCCAUAGCAAAGGAAGAAUAGGGGACAACUUCUAUUUUUCGUGAUAAAGUGAAAGAAAAGUUGAGUUCCGACUUGCAUAAACGUACAACAGCUACAGUAUCCGUAUUUGACGGAAAGAAGGUUGUCCUGAACUAUAGAAAGAUGUUUAUUUCUAAUCUUUGGGUUGUGAUUCGAGAUAAGCUUUCCGGAAGUGAUGUAGACAGGGCUUCCUCUCUUGAAGAAGAAAUCCAAGUGAUUCUCAAGGAUAUGGAUGGAAAGGAUGUGGAUGUUUCCCCUUUGAUGAAUUUAUUGAAGUCGUUUUUUGAGCUUGCAGCUUCGUACGACCAGGCACGGUCAGACCUACAUGAUAAGGACAUGGAAGCUGCCAGAAAAGAAAUAUUUAUAGCAGCUGGAGAGCAUCUUUCAAAUGCCAUGUUUGAAGAACAUGAGAAGGUCGAAAGAGCUUCGUCUAUCCGUCAAUCUCUAGAUGAGGUGCGAGAGAAGUUAGAAAAGCUGCGCGCAAAGGAGAAGAAGUUAGAACUCCUCCUAGAAGCCACCGAGAAGGAAGUCGAAGAAGCUAAAUUGAGGGCCUUGACUGCUGGAAAGGAGUUCGACGCGUGCCAUGAUGUAGACUUGUCGAAUGCCAACGACUCAAUUGACUUAGAGCAGAAGAAGGGGCGCCCGGAAGCUAUGCGCCAAGACUUAAUCAAUUACAAAUUGUGUUUAGAUUAGUCUAUAGAAUGUAUUUCAAUUGCUCUCUUUCUCUUUUUCUUGCCUUUGAUUGAUUAGUGGAUGUUAUUAUCAGAAAUAAAGACUUCGUCUAUUUUGUUUUA